AUGAGAAGUAGAGUUCCAAUUGCCAGAUUACCUGUUGACCCUGAGAUAGAAAAGACUUGCAGAAGAAACAGAAGAAUGAGAAAAUUGGAAAGAGCGGCACUAGAGAUUGAACAAGAAGGAGUCAUAGCUGACAACACCAACUAUGGCAACAAUGGGAGCAACGGAGGAGGCGUAGAAGACCAGGCUAAUGGACACAACAACAAUGACCGUAGCCUGAGGGAUUACUUGCUUCCUAACUUGACAGUGGCCCGAUCCUGUAUAAGGCCACCUGCUGUUGACGCCAACACUUUUGAAAUCAAGCCAGCCAUACUACAAAUGGUCCAAUCUUCAGUCCAGUUUGGGAGAUUGCCGUCAGAAGACCCAAACAUGCACCUCGCCAACUUCGAAGAAUUGUGCCGGACAUUCAAGAUGAAUGGAGUUAGCGAUGACGCCAUCAGGCUAAGGCUGUUCCCAUUCUCACUAAGGGAGCGAGCCAAAAGUUGGUUGGUAUCUUUGCCAACCCACUCUAUCAACACUUGGGAGGAAUUGGCCCUGAAAUUCCUUUCCAAAUACUUUCCUCCUGCAAAAAUUGCCAAGCUGAGAGCUGAAAUUAACAACUUUACCCAGCAUGACAACAAAUCUCUUUAUGAAGCCUGGGAGAGAUUCAAGGACUUAUUGAGGAAGUGCCCGAAUCAUGGGAUUGUGAAGUGGUUGCAAGUGCAUAACUUCUAUACUGGAUUAAUGAGCAACACCCGAACAUUGAUAGAUGCCACAGCUGGUGGGGAUUUUAUGAGGAAAAGUGCUAAUGAGGCCUUUGAAUUACUUGAAGAGAUGGCCAUAACUAAUCAACAAUGGUCAACAGAGAGAGGCCCAACUAAAAAGGUUGCGGGAAUGCAUGACGUUGAUGCCAUAACCAAGUUGACAGCCCAGGUAAAGGCAUUAACAAAGUUGGUGACUGCACAAGCCAAGCAAGCUCAAGUUGUCUGCAAGCUGUGUGGAGGACCUCAUACUACUGAUACCUGCCCAAUAGAUGUAGACAGUUCGCCAAUGGAGCAAGCCCACGCCAUUGGAAACUAUCAGAAUAAUUAUGGUUUCAACCAAGGAGGUCGUCAGCAGAGCUUCCAAAAGCAGUUUCCUAAUCAGCAACAACAAGGGUUUUAUCCUCAGCAAAGCCAACAACAACAACAACAAGACUCAAGUGGAGGGUCUAAUCCUCAAUUAGACACGUUGAUGCAAUUCAUGACAAAGAUUGAGUCUUCCAUUAAGGUCUUGGAAAACAAAGUGGAGCAGUUGGCUUCUCAAAAUACUAACAGGGCUCAAGGUAACUUGCCUAAUACUACUGAGGUAAAUCCAAAAGAGAAUUGUAAUGCAAUUACCUUGAGAAGUGGUAAGACCUAUGCUGAGACAAACCAAGACAAGCCAAAGGAGAAAGAAGAUGGAGAACCAGUACCAACACAAAAGAAGAAGAAGACUACUGAUGGUCUUCAACAAAAAGAAACUCCACCUCCCAUCAGCAUUAACCAUCACAUCAAAAUUCCUUAUCCUCAAAGACUUCACAAGAAUAAGAUGGAUAAGCAGUUUUCAAAAUUCCUUGAAAUAUUCAAGAAACUGCAUAGCAACAUCCCAUUCAUAGAGGCUUUGGAACAGAUGCCAACUUACCUGAAGUUCAUGAAAGACAUCUUAUCCAAGAAAAUGAAGUUGAAAGAAUUUGAGAUGGUGGCACUUACUGAAGAGUGCAGUGCGGUCCUGCAAAAGAAACUACCACCCAAGCUAAAAGAUCCGGGUAGUUUCAACAUCCCAUGCUCAAUAGGGGGUUUGAUACAAACAAAAGCUUUAUGUGAUCUGGGAGCCAGUAUCAACUUAAUGCCCCUAUCCAUGUUUAAAAGAUUGAAAUUAGGGGAAGCCAAGCCCACAACAGUCACUUUACAGAUGGCAGAUCGUUCUUUAACUCAUCCUCGGGGUAUAAUUGAAGAUGUUUUGGUAAAGGUUGGUAAGUUCAUCUUCCCUGCUGAUUUCAUAAUACUUGACAUGGAGGAAGAUGAAAAUAUUCCUAUCAUCUUCAGAAGACCAUUCCUAGCAACGGGAAGAGCAUUAAUUGAUGUACAGAAGGGGGAGUUAAAGUUGCGUGUUCAAAAAGAAGAAGAGACUUUCAAAGUAUUUGCCGCAACUGAAAUUCCUACUUGUUGUCGACUGGAAGUUGUAAAGGAUGGUCGAGAAGUCAUUACCAACAAGACGAAAGGGAAGUCUAAAGAACGAUUUCGAACUGUUCGACGACGUAUGAAAAGACUGUUGUGUGGGAAUUAUGAAGGUGACUCUCAAUCUAAGGACAACUUUAAAAAUUGCAACAUUAGAGGUCAGUUUUCUUCGUUUGGCACAAAUGUUAGGCUAAAAUUAGUCUAA